AUGGGCCUUUGUAUUUCAUCCCUUUUCUCUUCCUCGCCUUCCAAAACAGGUCUCCAUAGUCAUGACUUGCCGUCAAACAGCAGCCAAUUCUUGGAAGCUGCGAGCGAGAGUUCACGUGAGAUUAUUACUGAUCCAGGGAAGAUAUUGGAAUCGCCAAAUCUCAAAGUCUUCAGCUUUCUUGAACUAGCGAGGGCAACCAAGAACUUCAGACAAGAAUCGAUGUUGGGUGAAGGAGGCUUCGGUAGAGUUUAUAGAGGUUGGAUCCACGCCGAGACUCUUGCUCCUUGUGUAGCCAGCUCCGGCAUGACCGUAGCCGUCAAAAGAUUGAACUCCGAGAGUUUCCAAGGGUUUGAAGAGUGGCGAACAGCAAUUAAUUUCUUGGGGGUUCUUUCACACCCAAAUCUGGUGAAGCUAUUAGGAUACUGCCGUGAAGACAAAGAGCACCUGCUUGUCUACGAGUUCAUGCCCAAAGGAAGCCUUGACUAUCAUCUUUUUAAACGAAAAGAGCCAUUUCCUUGGGAUCUAAGGAUCAAGAUUAUGAUCGGUGCAGCACGUGGCCUUGCAUUUCUUCACGGCUCACAAAGACAAGUAAUCUAUAGAGACUUCAACUCUUCCCGAAUACUGCUCGACUCGAAUUAUGAAGUAAAGAUUUCAGGUUUUGGACUAGCAAAGUUAGGACCAUCACAAGGAAAUUCGCACGUUACGACUAGGGUCAUGGGAACAGGUGGUUACGCUGCUCCUGAAUAUAUGGCAACAGGCCAUUUAUACGUCAAGAGCGAUGUAUACUCCUUUGGUGUGGUCUUACUGGAAGUUAUGACUGGACUAAGAGUGCUUGACGCAAAACGCCCUCAAGGACAAGCUAAUCUAGUUGACUGGUUAAGACCAAAACUCUCAAGCAAACACAAAAUGAACCAAAUAAUGGACAAAGGAAUCGAAGGUCAAUACUCUUCCAAGGUGGCUAUACAGAAAUGGGACGUAUAACACACUCUUGUACCGAACCAGACCCCAAAAACCGACCUCACAUGAAAGAAGUACUCGACGUACUGGAACACAUACAACGCAUCAACGUUGACCCACAUCACUAUUAGUAUUGAUGUCGAGUUGGCGCAGCAGGAGA